CUUACACAACUUUCUUUUUUUUUUAGGCAACAGCUUUUCUGAUAACGAACUCAAAUUCGCAAUAUUUUUCCUUAUUAAAUUAAUUUCAGCCUAUUUUGAAGCUGUUGAACAGCUUGGGAUUCGUCAGCAAUGGUACUGAUACUCGUCCAAGCUGUAAUCAGCGUUUGAAACGUAUUCGUAAUCAUCGUCUUGCAUUCUACGUUGUGUAUUGGGCCAAUAAUACAACAAUAUAACUCAAAUGACUAUUACAAUAUUAUCCAAUACCAAACUCAUCAUAAUCACCGUGAAGGAUGCAAUGUGCUACACGACCACGUAUCACGGAAUUGAAUCCUCAUUUACUAUGUGUGCUGUGCGAAGGAUAUUUAAUUGAUGCUACGGCCAUUACAGAGUGUUUACAUGCCUUUUGUAAAAAGUGUAUCGUUCAAUAUUUGGAAACGAAGAAGUACUGUCCGGUGUGUGAUGUACUUGUUCAUAAAACUAAGCCGUUACAAAACCUAAAACCUGAUAAAAUACUGCAAAGCAUCGUUUAUAAAUCCGUACCAGAUCUUUACGCAAACGAGAUGUGUAACCGACGUAAAUUUUACUCCAACGUUCAUCCUCAGCAAAAACCCGAUAAUCCGGAACUAAGAGGAGAGAUCACCGAAGCUUCGGAGUUCAUUACAUUCAACGAUACGAUUAGUUUAUCUUUGGAAUACAUUAAUUUCCUCGGUGAUCAGAAUUACUUUUACGUCGCUUCUAGCAGUAAACGAUAUCUAAGAUGCGAUGCAACGGUAACGGUCAAACACUUACAAAAAUUAAUAUCAGCGAAAUACGGUUUAGCUAUAAAACACGAGAUACGUUUCUUUUUCAACGGUAUUCAGUUACCAGAUCACUUGACGUUGUUGGAUAUUGCCUACAUUUCAUCGUGGAAACGAAACGGAUUUAUUCGACUAUUGUAUCAAAUAUUGGAAGUACGAAAAACAGUGAUGAAAUUGGCGAAACCUGAAAUAACCCCUGUAACGACACCUGCUUCUACGAUUGUAAAAACUCCAGAUAACAAGGUGGACAAAUUACCAUUAGAUGUGAAUAAUCAUGUAAAUAAUAUCUCUGACCAAGCCAAAGAAUCAAAACUCUCGACAUCUUCUACGGUGACUGUUUCAACGGCUGUUACUGCUACUCCUACGUCUCUCGUUAAUACCGAUACAAAAACGUCAGAUGGAUCUGGUUCGGCGAAGCCAUGCUCUGAUAAAAGUGCACCACCUCCGGUACUUUCUAGUUCGAAUACAACUCUAAAUAGUAUCUCCGUUACUGCUACGACUCCCUCUGCACCGUCAUCGAUCGCUUCAGUUGCUGGUAAAUCGAACGAGAAUUCCGUUCUGAAUAAAAUCGUCGAAAAACUGGAAAAGAAAGCCUCGACAGGGUCCAAUGCUACCUCAGCAGUUGUUGCCAAGUCCGACGAUAGGGCAACCCAGCCAUUUACAACUCAAAUCAAUAACAAAGAGAACGCUGUAAAACCCAUUUCUCAAACAGAAAACACGACUGAGAAAUCAAAUCCGUCGAUUACAACCGUUCCGAUUAUUUCAACAACCGCUGUUACUAGUUUAAAGAAGAAAACAUCGCCGGAUUGCCCGAUACCUACGAAAAUACCCAAGCUUAUGAACUGCGAUUCGCCUAAACCGCCGAGAGUGGAUGUUUGUAAAGAAGUGGAAUCGAUAAGUACGCCGAUAAUGUCGGUCAAUUCGACCGCAUCGGUUACAUCAUCUGCGUCGAAAUUCAUUCCGAGUAAUUCGAUUACACCGACGGUCAACUAUACCCCUUCGAAUAAACUAUCUUCGCCGCCACCUUUGAGGAAGAUUAUGUGCUAUCCAGCUGCCCGAGUCAGCGCUUCGGAACCGAAUAAAGCUAUCGUGGUUCCGACCACGACGACUACGUCGAUAAAGAAAGCCAUCGUUGGGGUGAAAACAUUCACUAGACCUUGGAGUUACUCGGCUACGCCGACAGCGGUCGCACCAGUCAAACCGACCACUAUGACGGACAUGAGUAAAACUCCCAGCGUACAGAAACCGGUGAAAUUUCACAAAGCUAGACGAAACGUGCCACGGUUCUUGGGUAAUCCGUCUUCUGGUAUUAGACCUUUAUAUCAAGGUAAUUCGUCGGAGGCUAACUCGACAUCAUCGGAUGGUAAAUCAAACUCCAGCAUUGAAACGACCAUCAAGAUCCCGAAAAGUAUCUCGUUGUUGAAAGUAGAUCCUAAAACAUUGGCUCCAAUCGCCUGCUCGUCGGCUUCUUCGAAAUCUACCAACAGUGGAGCUAAUUCUGUGAAGAAAACGUUCUAUUCGUCUACGAAACAAUACAACAUGAUCCCAGAUUACCCCUGUUCGGUGACUAAUUCUCCCAAUUUCGUCGGUAAUCUGUCAUCAGCGUCGGUCGCCGGCAAGUUAUCGGCUGGUGCCGCUUUCCCUCCACCUCCAUUUCCAAACAUGGCUCCUAAUUCAUUGCUCCCCUCGUUCAAUCCGUAUCUAUGCGCUGGAAUGUACCCGUCGCAUUUUCCGCCCGGCACCGCCGAUUCGGCCGCUCUGAAUGGGCCUUCUUCGUUGGAUUACAUCAAAGCCAUGGCCGCAUUCCAUUCUCCUUUUCCGCCGCCCAUAAAUCCCCUCUUCAAUCCGCAACUUCACCCUAAACUGAAACACGAUAAAGUGAAAACGACCGCGAAAUCCACCUCUAGCCCUCCGGCCAUUCAGCGAAUACCCCCUACGUCUAAAACUCCCAUCUCCGAAGUCACCGCAUCCAUCACCGAAACGCCUAAAUCAUCACCUUUGCCUGUUUCCUCGACCCCUUCGAACCUCUCCAACGGAGUGUACAAAAAUACUAAAAUUAAGAAGGAAAGUAGUUUCGCUAUUAAUAAUCUGAUCCCGAUCGACGAGGCGAAAAACAUCACGCAUUCGUGUUCGGCCGAUGGAGUUCAUCAAGUUUGCGAUCAACUGACCACAGAUCCAGCAUCCAAGAAGAAGACGGUCGAACUCGAUGCUAAAAGUAACAGCAACGAUAAAGUAUCGCGUCAAGCUGAAAAUAAAGAUAAACAAGGUGAAAAAAAUACAUCGAAGUGAUCACUUAAGCUCUUCUAUUGACACCCCCUCCUCCCUCGUCCCUCGCCACCCUCAUUCUACCUUCGUGAAGGGGACAAUUUACGUGGUAUUACUUUUCUAUUGUUGUUAAUAAUGUCUCUUAAGUAUUAAUGAGAAAAUAUGUGAUUAUCAUUGUAAGGAGUUUGUUGCUGAACGACAUCCACGCAUGAACGCUGUUAAAUGUACUAUUUUUUCUCUCGAAUUUCAAGUAUUUUAAUGAUGUCUUUCAUUGAUCGUAAUAGUAAUUAAUAGUAUUUCAAUGUAAAAGUAUUUGUAUUGCUCAAGUUGUGCCUUUUGACCUUUUUUUUUUUUUGAUUUUUUUUGGUAGUGUUUUCUUUCAUUUUUGACGUUGUUUUGUUUGACAUUAUUUUGGUCUACUAAUAUUGCAGAUGUUUUUAUGAAUCUUGAAGAUUGAAUAUUUAAAAUUUUCGUUUGUGCUGUGGAAAGUUGGCGUAUUUUUCCACUUCGUAGUGUGAGAUGAAAGUGUGCCUUAUUGUACAAUCAUGUAACACGUGAAUUUGUGAUAGAAAUAUUACAAAUGAGAUAUACUUUUUUUUUCUUCCUUUGUAAGGUCUAUAUUCUAUAGAAUAAUUUGUACUAGUCAUAAUUACAUGCAUAAAUGUUUAUUCGUAAUGUAUAGUGUUAUUGUAUGUUUAGUUUGGUUGCUGGGAUGUAGUAUUAAUGUUUGUUUUGAAUUUGAAAAAAUGAAAGAAAAAUGAUGAAAAAAAUAUAUAUUAAAGAAAAUAAGUAUUCGAAUAACAGAACUUUAACGUAUUCAUAAGCGUCAUAGUCAACGAAUAAGUGUUGUAAUAUUAUUUAAAUUGUAAUUCAUUUCAUCAGUGUAAAAUGUAUUUUUUUAAUUAUAUAUUUUUUUGUUACUGAAAUUGAGA